UCCUCUUCCUCAGAUUCAGCCUUCGGGUUUCACAAAAAUCUUGUCGCUUUAGUGUUUGUUUCGGCCUUGGGUUGUCUUAAGAGGGAAAUUUUACUUUUGUUUUGUAUGGUUCAUCAUCACUUCCCCUACUCCCAGGUUUUUCUUUCUGUCAGCUGAAUUUCGACAACUUCAUGGCUAUGGUUACAUUUACAACAGCCUUGUUGAAAAACAACGGCGAAGAUGGAGAAAUUGGAGUAUUCGGAGCUGAAAAAUACUUCAAUGGAGCAAUAGAUGGUCCAAAUCCAAUACCAACCAAAAAAGAUUCAGACAAGUCGGAAUGCACGAAACAUCAAGUGAUCAAUCAUGAGGCGAUGAAGCCAUUGGCACGUCCGGCAGCUCCAUGUAUACGUUCAGAAUCAAGCUGGAACAGCCAAAAUCCAUUACUUAAUAUCCAAAAACCUCGGCCGAAACCCAGUAAGCCCGUAAAUGCGAAGAGUUUCUUUACUUCUCUUGCCCUCUGUAAAUGCUACUGUUUCGACAGAAACUCCAUUGAUAUGGAAGUGGGUGAAAUAAGUUUCAAAAGACCCAAGAAAGAGGCACUAGUUCAAGGCAAACGAAAUAAAACAAGAGCCGCUACAAAGGAAGACGUUUUCACAUUCCCCACCAUGGAUUCAACCCUCUGUGUUGGGCCUAUUAAACAAGGAGACGUUGAUGAAAUCGGAAGGAAAUCGUUGGAGAUAUUCGGCUCUCCGGUACUCGGGACUGGGAGACAAAACAAGUCUUUGAAUGUGGAGAGGAGGCGUAAAAUGCUAUCAUGGGAUCAUGCAGUUCCCAAAGUAGAAGAAAUUGAUACGGGAAGUGAUGGGAGUUCGGAUUUGUUCGAGAUCGAGAGCUUAACGGGAAAACCCAAUCAUUGUUACGCACCCAGCGAAGGCAGUAUAGAGUGGAGCGUGGUCACUGCAAGUGCGGCUGACUACGAUGAACCAAAGCCGUCCACUAGAAGUUUAUCCAGUCCCAUUAAAACGUUUCCCGCCAAAAUCAACGUCCAGAGGCCGCCUUCUAGCGGUCUGUUGGGGUGUAAUACCUCCAAAGCGGUAAAGGCAGCUGGUGAUGCCCAUAAAACUACAAAUCACAAGGCAGGUUUAGACCCAAGAAUGAGGCGUGUCUCGGACUCGUACAUCCCCCUCACCACACUUCCACCCGACAAUAAACUCGUUGCUUUUGAACCUCCGCCGAUACUCACCACACGCUCUCUUCCUCCUUCACAUGCACCACCACAAGCUUCUCCUCUCUUGCAUAUUCAGUAGCCUUCAAUUACGUACUUGGACCUUGAGCUCAUCUUACUUUAUGUAAAUUCUUGUUCUACUAAGUUGUCAUGAGAGAAUCAAGUGAUUUCGGUGGCAAAGGGAUUGUUGUUAUUCCUUGAGAUUCUGAGUUUGAGCAUCAAGAAAGUCAAUGUUCAAUAUCAAAUGAUUGAG